AUGGGGCUGCCUGUGGCAGCAGUUCUGGUUUAUGCUGGCUUAAAGAAAGAAACCUCAUCUCCUUCCCUGGGGAAAGACAGAGCAGACACAGUGAUCAUUGGAGGUGGUUGCGUUGGUGUGAGUCUAGCCUAUCACUUGGCUAAGGCUGGCUUGAAGGAUGUUGUUCUGCUAGAAAAAUCUGAGCUCACUGCAGGAUCUACUUGGCAUGCAGCUGGUUUAACUACUUAUUUUCAUCCUGGAAUAAACCUGAAGAAAAUCCAUUCUUACAGCAUCAAACUCUAUGAAAAGCUGGAAGAAGAGACUGGACAGGCUGUGGGGUUUCAUCAGCCUGGCAGUAUCAGAAUUGCUUCAACCCCUACUAGGGUGGAUGAAUUCAAAUACCAAAUGACUCGUGCAGGUUGGCACGCAACAGAGCAGUACCUAAUCACACCUGAGAAAGUACAAGAGCUAUUUCCCUUAUUAAACAUGGAUACGGUUUUAGCUGGCCUGUAUAACCCUGGAGAUGGUCAUAUUGAUCCCUAUUCUCUCACUAUGGCCUUGGCGGCAGGAGCCAGAAAAUAUGGUGCCCAAUUAAAUUACCCCGUCCAAGUAACUAAUCUGAAAUCCCGAUCAGAUGGGACAUGGGAAGUUGAAACUCCACUUGGAAUAAUUCGAGCAAAGAGAAUUGUGAAUACUGCAGGCUUCUGGGCCCGUGACAUAGGCAAGAUGAUUGGCCUGCAGCACCCUCUCAUACCUGUUCAUCAUCAGUAUGUUGUGACAUCAACUAUCCCUGAAGUGAAAGCCCUAAAAACAGAAUUGCCCGUGAUUCGUGACUUAGAAGGAUCAUACUACCUAAGGCAAGAAAGGGAUGGUCUUUUAUUUGGUCCAUAUGAAAGCGAGGAGAAGAUGAAGCUGCAGGACUCAUGGGUAACAGAUGGAGUUCCACCAGGUUUUGGAAAAGAACUAUUUGAGUCUGAUUUAGACAGAAUAAUGGAGCAUAUUGAGGCUGCUAUGGAAAUGGUCCCUGUUCUGAAAAAAGCAGACAUUGUAAACACAAUUGCAGGUCCUAUCACCUAUUCUCCAGACAUUCUUCCUAUGGUGGGACCACAUCAGGGUGUCAGAAAUUACUGGGUAGCUAUUGGUUUCGGGUAUGGUAUUAUACAUGCUGGUGGCAUAGGAAAGUACCUCAGUGACUGGAUCCUUGAGGGGGAACCUCCAUUUGACCUGAUAGAAUUAGAUCCCAACCGAUAUGGAAAGUGGACCACCACAGAAUACACUGCAGCCAAAGCAAGAGAAUCUUAUGGUUUUAAUAACAUUGUUGGUUACCCUAAAGAAGAAAGAUUUGCUGGGAGACCAACAGAAAGAACCAGUGGGCUGUAUGAUUUGCUGAAAUCCAAAUGUUCAAUGGGCUUUCAUGCAGGAUGGGAGCAACCUCAUUGGUUCUACAAACCCGGAGAUGAGCCUGGAUACAAACCCAGUUUUCGGCGCACAAAUUGGUUUGACCCUGUGGGUCGUGAGUAUAAACAGGUUAUGGAAAAAGUCGGUGUGAUUGACCUGUCACCUUUUGGCAAGUUUAAAGUAAAAGGCACAGAUUCUGUUAAGCUGCUGGAUCAUCUAUUUGCAAAUGUUGUUCCAAAGGUGGGUUCCACAAAUAUAAGCCAUAUGUUAACACCAAGAGGAAAAGUUUAUGCUGAGCUAACAGUCUCUCAACUGUAUCCUGGAGAAUUUAUGCUUGUAACUGGCUCGGGAUCAGAACUCCAUGAUCUGAGAUGGAUAGAAGAGGAAGUAACGAGAGGUGGAUAUAAAGUUGAAAUAGAAAACGUGACAGAUGAGAUGGGAGUACUUGGUGUAGCAGGUCCAUAUGCCCGACAGAUCCUCCAGAAGUUGACAAGUGAGGAUCUGAGUGACAGUUCAUUUAAGUUUCUCCAGUCUAGACAUUUGAAACUUUCUGAUGUUGCUGUUAUUGCCAUUAGGAUAUCGUACACAGGUGAAUUGGGCUGGGAGCUCUAUCAUAGAAAAGAAGAUUCUGUAGCUCUUUACAGUGCAAUCAUGGAAGCUGGACAAAAAGAGGGAAUUGACAACUUUGGAACAUACGCUCUGAAUGCUUUAAGGCUGGAAAAGGGUUUCCGAGCCUGGGGGGCAGAGAUGAACUGUGACACUAAUCCCUUGGAAGCUGGACUGGACUACUUUGUAAAGCUAAACAAGCCAGCAGACUUCACAGGAAAGCAAGCACUGAAGCAGAUUAAAGAAAAGGGGCUCAAACGACGACUGGUGUAUCUCACUGUGGAAACAGAUAACGUCGAUCCAGAGGGAAAUGAAAGUGUGUGGCAUAAUGGCAAGGUUAUUGGCAACACCACAUCUGGAACUUUCAGUUACAGUGCUCAGCAGAGUCUGGCUUUUGCAUAUGUUCCCACAGAACUCAGCAAAGUUGGACAGAAAUUGGAAGUUGAACUUUUAGGAAAAAAUUAUCCAGCAACCAUUAUACAAGAGCCACUGGUGCUAACUGAACCAACGAGAAUGCGCCUUCAAAGAAAGGGUGAAAGUCCCAAAAUAUAAACACAGAUGAGGGUACCACAAAUUGUGCAGUAGGAAGUAGUGCCAUUAAUAUGCAUGAAAUUAAGAGAAACAAACCAUUCAGAUUUGCUAAUUACUAAACACAAGAUCCUCAUUGCCAUACAUCAGUGAGAAAUUCGAUGGUGUUGCUCUCUUGCUUCCUUAUGUGGGCCAUUCACAUUGGAGAUCUGAGCACAGAUCCUGAACCCGUAUGUGUUCCCCCUUCUCAGUAGCAUUUGUGAGCAGAAAGUGG